CGUGUAGUGAAAUAGAAACAGAAAGAGAUGGUCGCUAUUCUUUACCAUAGAAUGGUAAACACAUUGCAGUCUGACUUCUGAAACUAAAGGAAAGUGAAACCUAAAGGGUUCUACUUGCAUAACAAUGAGUGUGCAGUGACAAACAUUUUGAAAGUCACCUAGACAAAGGUCAUCGUCACCUUUACCUUUGAGGAGUGUUCAUUUCGUAAUUCUUAGGUUUAAUUAGCAAACAGUUUACCCAAAUCUUCAUAACUUUGUUGUGCAUUAAAGUACUAAAUGAGGGAAAAAGUUUCAUUUGCUGUAAAGGUUUAUGUUGCUUUUCUGCUUUCAGUCUGAAGAUCGGAAGAUAAGGCCCCAGGUGUCUCUCUACCUAUUAUCCCAGGUGUUCCUCAUCAUCCACUACCAGCCUCUGGUUCACGCAUUGGCCGACGUCAUUCUCAACGGCGACCUCUCUGUUUUCUCUGCUCAAGCCGAGCACAAUGCACACAAAGCUUUGGCAAAUGCCGGUGUGCGCCGUUUCGCCAAGCCCUCAGAGAGCCUGGAGCGCUCGCUGGAGAUGAGCCGGCAGAGGGGGCGCAAGCGAACGCAAAAGAGGCCCAACUACAAGAACGUGGGUGAGGAGGAGGAAGAGGAGCGUGGCGGGGGGGUGGACGAAGGCCCCGAGGAGGAAAAGGCUAAAGGUACAGAGGCUAUUCUAAAGGGCAGCAGGACGAUUGGGGACACAGAAGAGAUUGAGAUGGUGGUCAUGGAGAAGUGUAAGAUCUCAGAUGUGUCACUGACGGAGCAGAACAUCACCGAUGAGGAGAAGAGCGCUGCAGCUGCUGCCCGUGGGGAGGGACAGCAGAGCAGGCCCUUCCUGGAUAUGGUGUACAAUGCGCUGGACUGCACUGAGGACGACUACCAUGCCCUGUUUGUGCUCUGCCUACUCUACGCCAUGUCACACAGCAAAGGUAUCAUUCCUGCCCUCCUGGAGAAGCUCCAGCUGCCAGUGCCUGACCAGGAGAGGACGUCCUACAGCCAGGUCCUGAUGGAGAGACUCAUCCGUGUCAUGAAUCUGGCAGCUCAGCCAGACGGAAAAGUCCGGUUGGCCACUCUGGAGCUGAGCUGUCUACUCCUGAAGCAGUCUGUGCUGUCGGGGAGUCAGUGCAUCAUCAAAGAUGUCCAUUUGGCCUGUCUUGAGGGAGCGAGGGAGGAGAGCCUGCAUCUCUUGCGCAGAUUUUACAAGGGAGAGGAGAUCUUCCUUGACAUGUUUGAAGACGAGUACAGGAGCAUGACGAGUAAACCUCUGAAUGUGGAGUACCUGAUGAUGGACGCCUCUAUCCUGCUGCCACCCACGGGGACCCCGCUGACGGGCAUCGACUUUGUCAAGAGGCUUCCUUGCGGAGAUGUGGAGAAGACACGCCGAGCCAUCCGUGUGUUCUUCAUGCUGCGCUCACUCUCGCUGCAGUUGCAGUCCGAGCCGGAGACCCAGCUGCCUCUCACGCGACCCGAGGACCUCAUCAAGACCGAUGACGUGCUCGACCUCAACAACAGCGAUCUGAUCGCCUGUAUGGUGGUGAGUAAAGGUGGCAUUCAGGCCCAGCGCUUCCUGUCUGUGGACGUCUACCAGAUGAGCCUGGUGGAGCCCGAGACCAAGCGUCUGGGCUGGGGGGUCGUCAAGUUCGCCGGCCUGCUGCAGGACAUGCAGGUGUCCGGGGUGGAGGAUGACAGCCGGGCCUUGAACAUUAUCAUCCACAAGCCCACGUCCAACCCGCACGCCAAGCCCCUGCCCAUCCUGCAGGCCAACUUCAUCUUCGCCGACCACAUCCGCUGCAUCAUUGCCAAACAGCGGCUAGCCAAGGGCCGCAUCCAGGCGCGAAGGAUGAAGAUGCAGAGGAUAGCUGCUCUACUGGACCUCCCAGUGCAGCCGUCCUCUGAGGUUAUGGGUUUCGGGCAGUCAACCGCUGCUGCCAGCCAGCUGCCCUUCCGCUUCUAUGACCAGUCCCGCCGAGGCCCUGCUGACUCCAGCGCCCAGCGCUCCGUCUUCGACAAGGUCCCAGGUUUCGCCCACAGUGCAUCACAGCACAGCCCCUCCCCACUCUCCUCCCCCUCACCCCCCUCCAGCAGCAGCGGCAGCACCGGCCAGUGUGACUCUGUCACGACCAGCACCCCCUCUACAGGUAACACACACACACACACGACAUAUGCAUGUUUACAUACACACGCACACACACAUACACCUGCCAACAUGUACGCAUUUUGCGUACCUGGCACGCAUUUUGACAUCAAAGUACGCAGGUACGAGUUGAUGCUCUAA